CUGGGAGGCGGACAGCCUUAUCUUCAGUUGCAUAUUUAGGCGACUACGCUUCAUAGUAAAUGUCCUCUAAGAAAAAGAUGAAGAAAAAUCAUCCCAGAGAUGAAUUCAAGGAUGACAAAAGCAGCUCCCGUCCUCGUUGGAAAUUACUUCCACCCGAGGAACCAGAUGUCUCAAGGAUAUUGAAGGUGGCUGAAGCAAAUCAGCUUGAGGAGCUUGACGAUUCAUUUGAUCACCCUUUGCACAGUACUGCUGUGGAUGCUUAUGGAGAGGAACAUUCAGAAAGCGAAUCACUUAGUCACGUUUCAGCUCCACAAAGGAAAAAGGCAGAAAGUAGUGAACAAAUGCACUUUAAAAUGUCUGAAGGUGAUGUUCGCAAGUCCAACUCAGCUGAUUCUACAGAUGAGCCCCUUAAGGAGAAUCUGAAGGCUCCAAAUACUGCUCAAGCCCAGUUGGAAAAGAAGCAGCAACCUUCAGAGAAGAGCACACCAGGCUCUUCUGUUAAUAGCCCGUGUUCUGUAGAGGUUUGGUGUACCAAAGGUCUGAAAAGGUCUUCCAGAGAUAUUACAGAACUGGAUGUUAUUCUGGCUGAAUUUGAAAAGAUAACAGCAAAUUACAGACAAAGCAUAGAACCAGAAAUUUGCAGAAAAGCUGUCAAUGGCUUCUGUUCUGCUUUCAAGGACCAAAUCACUGAUCUUAUAACGGAAGUCCAGGAAUUAAAGAACGUGAAGAAAAAGAAUGCUAAGGUAGUGGCAGACAUCAAAAAGAAAAGGCAGCGACUGAUGCAAGUCAGAGAAGAGCUAAUUGGAGCUGAAUCACAACUGGUAAAACUACAAAGAGAAUAUGCUGAGGUACAGGAGAGGAAAUCUUCCUUGACACAAGCAGUUCAAUUCCUCACUGAUUUGAAGGAGCUACAGCAGGACUACUUGGAUUACAGAGAAGAAAACCCAAGAGAAAAAGUGGUAUAUGGAACUUCCAGCCUACCUGCUCUGCUGAUGGAAUCACGGAGAAUUCUAGGAGCAGAAAGACACUUUCAGAAUAUUAAUAGGAAACUGGAGGAUGCUCUGGACGUACAAAGACGAAAGGUAUCAGAGAAAGAUUAAGUGCUUUUUAAGAUUUUUAAUCUUGGGUUAUUUAAGUAAUGUGAUCUUGAACACAAUAUAUACUUUACAAAGAGAACACAUGAACUAGUGAUAAACACUUUUUUAUUAAAUUUGUAUUUGAAAUAAAUAA